AACGGGCACUCCAAGCACGCCUGUCCACGUCAUCAAGCGCAGCACAGGUGGGAGUCACUCGAACCGCCAUCGUGGACCCAAUCGCCAUGUCCACGCCCAUCUUGGCGCGUUGUUAGCACCGCCUCCGCUCGGCCAGGCUGUCUUUAUCACACACCCUUUUAUUCCCCGGCGAGAUAGACUCUCAAAUCAUUGCGCUCCUCCAUCGGCACUGAAACCCUAAUUUUAUUCGCUGCAACCAGAGACUCCAUAUUGACCGUACAAUACGACGUCGUUUUUUGUUUGGCCACAGGAUCGUCAAUGGCGGAGGAUCGGAACGGUGAUCUGAGCGAGGCCAGUGACUAUACGUCGGAAGACGAAGGAACGGAAGAUUACAGGCGAGGAGGGUACCAUGCGGUUCGGAUCGGGGAUACCUUCAAGAAUGGGCGCUAUGUGGUGCAGGCCAAGCUCGGUUGGGGACAUUUCUCAACCGUGUGGCUCGCUUGGGAUACUCAAAAAUCCAAAUACGUCGCUUUGAAAGUUCAAAAGAGUGCUAAGCAUUAUACUGAGGCAGCCAUGGAUGAGAUAACCAUACUGAAACAGAUUGCUGAGGGAGACCCAGAUGACAAGAGAUGUGUUGUGAAGCUUUUGGAUCAUUUUAAGCAUUCUGGGCCAAAUGGGCAACAUGUGUGUAUGGUUUUUGAGUACUUGGGGGAUAAUCUUUUGACCCUUAUCAAGUAUGCUGAUUACCGAGGAACUCCCCUACACAUGGUUAAAGAAAUUUGUUUUCAUAUUUUAGUAGGCCUGGAUUACUUGCAUCACCAGCUUUCAAUUAUACACACUGAUUUGAAACCAGAGAAUGUAUUACUUUUAUCCAUGAUUGAUCCAUCAAAAGACCCAAGAAAAUCGGGUGCUUCUCUUAUCCUUCCAACUAGCAGGGAUAAAAUUGUAUCUGAGCCUGCAGCUUCAAAAGAUACUAAGAAUAUGAAUGGGGAUUUAACAAAGAACCAGAAAAAGAAAAUCAGGCGAAAGGCUAAGCGGGCGGCUCAAGGUUGCAUGGGAAAAGAAGCUUCUGACGAUCCUGAGCUAGAUGCCAAAGCUCCUGAUUCAGAAGAUUCAAAUAAUGAUGCAAACUCAAAUGGGGAUUCUGUUGAGGAGCAACAAAAUAGUUCUGUGAUAAAGAGUAGCUCAGUGAACACUGAUGAUGUAAAGGAUGUCCGACGAGAAAAUCAGGGUCGUAGGAGAGGGAGCCGUUCCACUAGGCAGAAGCUGUUGGCUGAGGUUGAUCUGAAGUGCAAAUUGGUUGACUUUGGGAAUGCUUGUUGGACGUAUAAACAAUUUACAAAUGAUAUUCAGACAAGGCAAUAUAGGUGUCCAGAGGUUAUCCUUGGAUCUAAAUAUUCAACUUCAGCUGAUCUAUGGUCCUUUGCUUGCAUUUGUUUUGAGCUGGUAACUGGAGAUGUUCUUUUUGAUCCUCACAGUGGUGACAACUAUGAUAGGGAUGAGGAUCACUUGGCGCUGAUGAUGGAGCUUCUUGGAAUGAUGCCGCGCAAGAUUGCAUUAGGUGGUCGCUAUUCCAGGGACUUCUUCAACAGAUAUGGGGAUUUAAGGCACAUCCGUCGGCUGCGAUUUUGGCCUCUUAAUAAGGUUCUUACAGAAAAGUAUGAAUUCAGCGAGCAAGAUGCAAAUGAUAUUGCUGACUUCCUUGUUCCCAUACUUGAUUUUGUCCCUGAAAAGAGACCAACUGCGGCUCAGUGCCUUACCCAUCCAUGGAUUAAUGCUGGCCCUCGACUUCGUGAGCCCUCCAUUGCUAGCCUUCCCAAGGCCACAGAUGGUGGUGUUUCUGAGAAGAGGGAGAGGGAUGAGAGGGAGGCCAUGGAGGUUGGAGUGGGGAAUAUAGCUAUUGAUGGACCUUCGAAGUCAGACAAAGAACCCCAAUCUAUACAAAAACUACAGAAACAGAGCUAGAAGUUUUUAGUAAGGAAUGUUUUCUCUCUUGAUAUCCGAUUGGAGACCAUGUGAGAUGACCUCGAAGUAUUUGGUCUUUAGUGUGGGUGAGAAGGUUAGUGGCUUCAUCAGUUACAUAAGAGUACCCUUGUCAGGCAUUUUCUAACCUGAAGAUGCUUUUGUCAAAGCUUCCCUCCGCGAUCAACGGAUCCAAUUCUGUAUUUUUUGGCCUUUUGUACAAUGUAUGAUUGAUUGUGCUGGGUGAUGAUUCCUGUAUCAAACCCUUACAUCUGCCUUUUUUUUUUAUAAUACAUUUGUUGGAUGAAAAGUGUAUAUUUGAUUUUGAGUUUUUUGUUUUUUGGCCACUCUGCUCGCUUAUAAGAUGUAACACACUAGUGGCGAUUCGCCCUUCCUGCUUCAGAACUUGCACAAUUUUCUUGUA